CACUCCCCUAGCACACCACGCGAGAAAAAAGAACACACCCAACCGCCCUUGCACCGCGCUUGCGCAGAUCAUGCCAUGGCGCAGCCGGCAGACCGCCCUUGAAGCCUCGUCCCAAUGGUCUCGGAGAGCGGUUCGGACGGCGGCCUGUGCGAGUGCCUGACGGUGCGCUCCCCACGCUUGCUCCGGCGUGGCAUCCCACGCUCCCGCGCGCGGGGCUCCUUUCGGGUCGGUUAAGUGGGUGUGAGCAGCUUUGAGCAGUUCGUCCGGAGCGAUGUAUUCCACUAUAUGGCGAAUAUGCCCCUUCGCUGGAUGCUGGUGCUCUACUGUGUCGUCUAUGUGGCCAUGUGGUUGGUCUUCACCUUCUGGUGGCAACGGGCCGCCUCUGGCUGUGAGGAACGCCCCUUGACCUUCCGUCGAGCUUUCAUGCUCUCCCUGGAGACCAUGACCACUAUCGGCUAUGGCGUCGCAGAUCCGAUGUUCGAUGGCUGUCGCGAAGUGAUUCCAUUGCUGGUGGUGCAGUCCCUGAUUUCACUCCUCAUGGACGCGAUCUUCUUGAACAUGGUUUAUACUCGCUUCUCCUCCGCCUUCACCCGCUCGGCCAGUAUCAUUUUCACGGAUGUGGCGGUGGUCUACAUGGAACAGGCCACGGUGAAGCUCUGUUUCCGUGUCUGUGAGGUGGCCAGGAAGCCCCUGAUCGAACCGCUGAUUCGAGUGUACCUGGUGAAGCAUCAGAAGCUUCCAGACCUGCCGGAACUGGAUGGUUUGGAGAGUGACGACCGGGUUGAUGUGGAGGUGCAUCAGAUGGCACUGGAAGAGCCCAAUAUCAAUAUCGCGGAUGGGAAGCUCUUUCUCACACUCCCUUGCAAGGUCGUCCAUUGCUUGGACUCCGACAGCCCACUGUGCUCAGCAAAGAACUUGGACGAGUUCCAUGAGGCAAUGCAGCGCACGGAGUUCUUCGAGGUCCUGGCGGUUCUCAGUGGCACCUGCCCCAUCACAGGGAACAGCUUGGAGGCCCGGCAGUCCUACACCGCCAGCGACUUGCGGGUGGACUGCCGUUUCUCGCCGUGCGUUGUUUUGCGGAACGAUGAGCACGUGGUUGACUUUGAAUACUUCCAUCGGACUCUGCGAGAGAGCUGGAAGUGACGCAGGUGUUUUAAGCUCCAAGCACAAAGGCUGCUUGAGAGAAUGGCUGAAGCGAUCACCAGGAGCCCCCUACCAAAAGCGUUUUCGAACGGAUGCGUCAUGUUUGAGUUGUGCGCGGAGUGCUUGGCCGGCUUUUUGCCGGGGUUGCCAUGGG